AUGCCGAAGUUUAAAGACUUGAAGACCUUGAUACGCUACGACUGGGAGUUCGGCACCUACGCUGACUACUUCAAGGAAGUCGUCAAGAGGGAGAACAACACAAAGCACCAGCAAUUUCUCGAAGCUCGCAAGCAGUGGAUAAAAUCCCACGCUGACAACAGCAAGGGCACUCGGCUUCGAAAGAAGGAUGAGCUUUUCGCUGCAACGCGAAAGUUACAGGCCGAGCGCCGGAUGGGCGGCCGCUUUCAGAAGCCCGAGAAAUCGUUUGUGACGCCCGAUGCCUGGAACCCGGCAAUUCACGGCGGCGAGUACGACAAGUCCAAGGAAGUGGAGGAGGAGAUCUUUGGCAAGGUCGUGAAGGGCUGCUGGGUGAGCACUUCGCCAGCUGGCAUCUACAAGUUCAGCGAGUUCGACGAGAAGCUCAUGAAGGAGAUCGACGAGGAGCACAACCCUGAGGACUCCCUGUUUUCCGACGAGGCCCUCGCUCGGAAGAAAAAGGCAGCCGCGGACGCCGUCGAGCAAGCGGCAAAGGCGCGAGACAACGUGGCUGUCCAGGGCAAGGAGCUGUCCCUGGGCAGUCUCCUCCAGAGCAUUCAGAACUUUUCCGGCGCAAGCUCUUCCCGCGACGGCGCCUGCAAGAAGACCGACGGCGACGAGAGCUCCUCUGGCGAGAGCAGCAGCAGCAAGCCGGGCGUCCAGGGCUCGUCCGAAUCUGAUGCUGAGGCCGGGCCGUCUGCAGCGCAGAGGCUGUUCGGCAGGUGCCAGCCGAAAGCGAAGUCCCAGUCCCAGCCUGCCCCUGCUGCUCAAGAAGCGAAGGCGAAAGCCAAAGCAAAGGCUCCGAAGGGCGGGCCUGGAGUCCAGCGCAGCAGGCCUCCGGCCGAGUCAUCCGCUCCGAAGAUGUUGUCGCUCGUUGCAGCCUCUUCGGCGGGUCUCGCAGCCCAGUCGAAGGCUGGAGGCGGGGAUAUGCUUCUCGUGGACGGGCGUGCCAAGAGGGCUUUCAACACGCUGCAGGAAAAAAUUGAGGAGUACCAGCUCAAGCUGGCCGGAUUGGCUUUGAACGACGCCAUUCCCGAAGCCCACGCGCGGGGAGGCUGGAAGCAAGACUUGCAAAAGAGGGCGAUUCUGUGCAGGAGCAUUGCGAAGGGCUGCAAGGAACUCGUUCGUAGAACCGAAAAGAGCUCCAACAAAGAGUCCUUCGGCUCGGCGUUAGAGCGACUGGAGCAGCAAGCCAACGCUGCGCAAAGCAUCGACAAGCUGUUCAGCACUUCUAGCGCAGAGCAGCCAGAUGCUCAGCAGAUGGUUCAGGCGUACGACAGCUGCGUCCGUUGCUUGAGCGAGGUCCUGAAGCCUAACAAGGCCUUGGGCCCAGUCUUCCAGCUGAAGUACAUUUUGGCCAAAGGCAACCUCCACUGCCUGUACCAGGAGUACGCCCAGUUUAGCCGACUCUUUCUGUGGAGCGGGGCUGAAGAGAUGGAGGCUCUCGGGAAGGUCUUGGACCGGGAUGAUCUCCAGAGUCACGUCGUGACUGAGGUGGAGAACCGGGUCAUUCUUGCACUGCGUGCAGUGCAGCAGCAAGAUCUCCAGGUCCUUGCUGCCUCAGGCGCCCUGGAAGGAGGGCUUUUGGAGGCUUCUUCGCUUUGCUCAGCCUUGAUCGAUUGCGGGAAAGCGGAGGGCGACAACUUUGUCCCGCUGGUUUUGCUGGAGGAACUAGGAGCGGCUCGCGGCAUCUUGACUCUGGGCCAAAACGACCUCAAGGAUCUCCUGAAGACAAUCGACAAGUUGAGCGCCAUGCAGUGCCACAUUGAGUCCAAGGAAGAAGAGGAGGCCGAGGGCUUGGGCUCAGCCAUCUCCCGCUUCUUUCUGCAGCACGCCACUGGCAAAUCGCUGUUUGACAUGGCCUGCGGCCGAGUGGAAGCGAGCAAGAAGGAGGCAGAGGCCGAAGAGGCUGUCAAGGACUUUGCAAAGCUUGUGAAGAACGCGGGGACAGCCGAUGUGAACUCGCAGUUGCUAGACCAGGUAUUCCUUCCUGCAGUCAUCCAGUAUCAGACCGCGCAGAAACUUUGCCAGGAGUUGAAGAAGAGCGCGAAUGAGAAGGACAAGGUCUUGUCUUCGGCUACAGAGUGUUUGCGCAGGUCUUUGGAAAGCAGCAGGGAGGCCUUCCUUCAAUGCGUCGAGGACUCCAGCGUGAAGCAUUUGCGGACGCAGCUGGCCAUCUGCGAAGGUUUGGAGAACGACGGCAGAGUGUCUUGCGGCGACGAUGGCGGCCACACGCAGCUGCUCAGUUUGGACGACACUUGGCCAGUGAUCCAGCAGACCAGCUUCGUUGAGCACCACGUCUGGAAAGACGUGCCUGGCAAGGUGACGUGCUUGGGCAGGUACAAGAAAUUCGCAGAUGCUUUCUGCAAAAUGGGGGAGUACUUGUUUCGCCAGCUUCCUUCGUUCCAGCACCUACCCAAGACGGAGCCGACGGCUGCUACCAUGCGGCACUGGGCCAACCAGUUGUCGACUGAGUUGGGGGAGUGGGUCGUAAAAGACGAAGACAAGGAGAAGGCUGCCAAGACGUGCUUCCAACGGUGCGCUGACCACUUCAAGACCGCUUUCUCGGCAGGGCUAGCAGCGGUUGCCCAGGUCGUAGCCCAGGUAAAGAAGGGACAGGCGCCCCUCACCCAGCAAAGCGUUGACGAGCUCUUGUGCAAGAUCCCGUCGGAUCACCCUCUCCGAAGUUUGUGCUCCGCUUUCUUUCAGGUCGUCCUCGACUCCAACCCCGCAAAGAAGGAGGCCAAGCUGGCAGAGACGCUGACGACCAUGAGCUCUGAGUUGCGCGAAGCGAGGGCCAAGAUCCCAAGCGACGCUAGCGUCGCUGAGCAUUUGACGUGCAGCCAGCUAGACAGCGUGGACGACUGGCUGCUCUCCGUUGCCGCCGACUUCUUGACGCAGGCAAAGGAGCGUUUGAGCGAGGGCUUUGCCCGGGUGUCUGCGACUUCAGUCGAGGUCGACGCAGUGCUGAAGAAGCUGCCUGACUUCGCAGACGAGGUUGCGUUUCGAGAAGCGGGCGUUCAAGUUGUGCAGAAAGUGGCAGGCCUCACGGCCAAGUUGGAGCAGGAGGCUUCUUCUCUGAAGCAGAACGCCAGUAGCGCAGAGGCUUGCAUGAAUGCGCGCUUCUCAGACAGAGCGCCCGAUGCUGCCCUCCUCCAGAGCUGCGGAGAAGCAGCGAAGCGCGUCAGCUCAGAGUUCCUCAAACAGACAAGCGGCCUGGUUGCUCGGGCAGACAGCUUUGAGCAGCUCCGCGACGUCGUGAAGUCUUUGGUGGGGAAGCUGGGCAAGAUGAAGGAGAUAGCGAGCGACAGCGAUGAGUUUGACAAGGCUUUCUUGAGCUUUGCGGACGGGAUUGUGACCCAGUCCAAGCUUGUGCUGGCGCGGCAGAAGUCUGUGAAGCGUGGCUCAAAGAGAGCCGCCGGAGACGAAGCUGAGGAGGUCCUGGAAGCAGGCGAGUCAGCUUCAAUGCUGCCAAAGUCAAAGCUGUCAAAGAAAGAAGCGAAGGACGAAGUGACGAAAAAGGACAAGAGCGACAAGAAGAAAGAUAAGGACAAGGACAAGUCGGACAAGGUCCAGGAAAAGGCCAAGAGCAAGAAGAAGAAGAAGAAGGCUAAGGAGGACAGCGACACGGACGAGGAGGACGCGAGCGACAACGAGGCGCAGAAGAGCAAGAAGGCCAAGAAAGACAUCGGCGAAGAGAAGAAGGCCGGGCCGAAGGCGAAGGCUCUAUCCAAGCUGCUUCUCUCGCGCCUGCUGUGCCGGCAGCUCGUGCCGUUAGUUUUUGAGAGCUGCGACGCCGGCGGCGGCGGGAAGGUCGGGCCUUUGGCUGGGUGA